GGUAAAAAAGAUUAUCUUAUUACCUGGAUAUUACAAUAAGUUAAUCUAUUCAUGAUUGACAUAGGGUUUCUUAUUAUGGGAGGUGCUUCCUUAAAGGCUUGUUAUGUACUUUUCACUGAUGACCAUACCAUGAAGCUUCCAUACUUUACGGGCAUAGCUGGAUUUGCUUGUAUAUUGUUUGCCAUUUUAACGCCCAAUUUGUCGUCUCUAAGAGCAUGGCUUGGAUGUUCCACAAUUCUUAGCUUAAUAUACAUCAUCGUCGCUUCCGUACUGUCUGCCCGAGAUGGAAUUAAAUUACCACCAAGAGAUUAUAGUAUACACGGGACAAUAAGUAGCAAAAUAUUUGAAAUCAUAGGGGCAUCUUCAAGUCUUCUCUUUGCAUUCAAUACAGGAAUGGUUCCAGAAAUACAGGCAACACUGAGGGAGCCAUGUGUGGAGAAUAUGUUGAAAGCUUUGUACUUUCAGUUCACGGUCGGAAGCGUGCCGAUGUUCGCUGUUACUUUUAUCGGCUAUUGGGCUUAUGGAUCUUCCGCACCGGCGUAUUUGCUUAGCAGCGUAAGCGGUCCGGUAUGGUUGAAGGCAUUCGCUAACAUUUCAGCCUUCCUACAAUCAGUCAUUUCAUUGCAUAUAUUCGCGAGUCCGGCAUACGAGUACAUGGACACGAAAUUCGGAGUCAGUGGAGGUGUCUUCGAGAUUAAAAGCUUAUCUUUCCGGACCGCAGCAAGGGGCGGGUACCUCGCCAUUAGUUCGCUCGUGGCGGCUCUUCUUCCCUUCCUCGGCGAUUUCCAGAGCCUCACCGGAGCAUUGAGCACGUUCCCAUUGACGUUCAUCCUAGCGAACCAUAUGUAUCUCGUGGCAAAUAAGGACACAGUGAGUAGUUUACAACAAUUAUGGCAUAAGCUCAACGUUGUUUUCUUUAGUCUUAUGUCGGUUGCUGCAACAGUUGCAGCUGUAAGGCUCAUUAUUGGAGAUUCAAGCAAAUUCAGUGUGUUCGCUGAUCUUUGAAGCCUCUUGGUCA